AUGGCGAGCCGGUCCUACCGCAUCAGCUCUGGCUACGGGGCCAGGAAUUUUAGCUCCUGCUCUGCCAUCAUGCCCAAGCCCGGGGCUCACAGCUGUGCCAGUGCCAUGGCCUACCAAGGGGGCAGUCCUGGAGGCCCCGGCUACAGGCGCCUUGGGGGCUUUGGCAGCCGGAGUCUCUGUGCAGUGGGGUCCCCGCGGAUCGCAGUGAGUUGUGCGCGCCCCCUACGCAGUGGGGGAAACUUCGGCUACAGAGCUGGGGGCCUUUGUGGGCCCAGCCCGCCCUGCAUCACCACCGUGUCCAUCAACGAGAGCCUUCUCACGCCCCUCAACUUGGAGAUCGACCCCAAUGCGCAGUGCAUCAAGCAUGAGGAGAAGGAGCAGAUUAAGUGUCUUAACAACAAGUUUGCUUCUUUCAUCGACAAGGUGCGCUUCCUGGAGCAGCAGAACAAGCUGCUGGAGACCAAGUGGCAGUUCUACCAGAACCGCAAGUGCUGUGAGAGCAACCUGGAGCCGCUGUUCAGUGGCUACAUGGAGACGCUGAGGCGGGAGACUGAGUGUGUGCAGGCCGACAGUGGGAGGCUGGCCUCUGAGCUCAACCACGUGCAGGAGGUGCUGGAGGGCUACAAGAAGAGGUAUGAAGAAGAGGUGGUCCUCAGGGCCACGGCUGAGAAUGAGUUUGUGGUGCUGAAGAAGGACAUAGACAGUGCCUAUCUGCGCAAGGCGGACCUGGAGGCCAAUGUGGAUGCGCUGAAGGAGGAGAUGCACUUCCUGCAGGCUCUCUAUGAGGAGGAAAUCUUCGUCCUUCAGUCACAAAUCUCUGACACUUCAGUGGUGGUCAAGAUGAACAACAGUCGGGAACUCAACAUGGACUCAGUUGUGGCCGAGAUUAAGGCUCAGUAUGACGAUGUGGCCAGCCGCAGCCGGGCCGAGGCCGAGUCCUGGUACCAAAGCAAGUGUGAGGAGAUGAAGGCCACAGUGACCCAGCAGGGAGAGAACCUCCGCAGAACCAAGGAUGAGCUCAACGACCUGAACCGCAUGAUCCAGAGGCUGACAGCAGAGGUGGAGAAUACCAAGCAGCAGCGUCGCAAGUUGGAGGCCGCUGUGGCCCAGGCGGAGCAACAGGGCGAGGCGGCCAUCAGUGAUGCCCGCUGCAAGCUGGCCGAGCUGGAGGCCGCCCUGCAGAAGGCCAAGCAGGACAUGGCCUGCCUGCUCAAGGAGUACCAGGAGGUGAUGAACUCCAAGCUGGGCCUGGACGUGGAGAUCGCCACUUAUCGCAAACUGCUGGAGGGCGAGGAGAGCCGGCUGUGUGAAGGCAUGAGCUCAGUCAACAUCUGUGUGAGCCGUUCCCAGGGCGGUGUGGUCUGCGGAGACCUCAGUUCCAACCUCCCUCAAGGCCUGGGGAGCGUGGCCCUCAGCAGCAGUGCCCUCUGCCCCAGCGCCAGAUCCGUGCGGUUUGCAUAG